UUUUAGGACAACGGUAAUUUAGAAAGAGGAGUCGGUGUUUCAGUUUCAAAGACUUUUUGCGUCACUUUGUUAAUCUCAUCCUUGAUCCUCCUCUGUGCUCGAACUAACAUCGACGUUUUCUGGGAAUUGCAUCUCCUCCAAAGUGUCGCUUAAAACAUGCAGGCAUCACGUGCUAGACUAUUCAAGGAAUACAAAGAGGUGCAGAGGGAAAAAUCAGCAGAUCCAGAUAUUCAACUUGUCUGUGACGAUUCCAAUAUAUUUAAGUGGACUGCUCUUAUCAAGGGGCCUUCGGAAACUCCUUAUGAAGCUGGUGUUUUCCAGCUUGCUUUCUCUGUCCCUGAGCAAUAUCCUUUGCAGCCUCCUCAAGUGCGAUUCUUAACAAAAAUAUUUCAUCCAAAUGUACAUUUCAAGACAGGAGAGAUUUGCCUUGACAUCUUGAAGAAUGCAUGGAGCCCAGCUUGGACACUACAGUCUGUUUGCAGGGCCAUAAUUGCCCUGAUGGCUCACCCAGAACCUGAUAGUCCACUAAAUUGUGAUUCAGGUAAUCUUCUUCGUUCUGGUGAUAUGAGAGGAUUCCAGUCUAUGGCAAAAAUGUAUACUAACCUAGCAGCAAGGCCGAAGAAAGGAUAAAUUGGUAAUUUUGUAUAAAUGCUUUUCAGUGUCUGAACAAAUCUGUCAAACUAUCAUUAUUGCUCAAUGUGAUUAACUAUGGCAAUUGUAAUAAUGUGUUCCACCUGUUCACUAUACCUGACACUUGCAUCAAUCUCUCUUGAAUCUUGAUAAAUAAUACUCCCUCCGUUUACAUUUA